UGUAUGUUAUAUUUAUAUUACAUAUUAUGCACUUUGUCAUGCAUUUUAUUAAUAAGUGUUUUUACGAAAAAAUAAUGAAAUUUUAUACAGUGGUAUGCAUUUUUAUUUCUCAAAAGCGCUAGCAAAUUGUUAAGAUGAAAUUGGUUCAUAAGGAUAUUGAUAAAGUUGGCGAGGGUUAUGUGACCCUUAUCCCUGAAGACCCCGAAGAUAUGUGGCAUGCUUAUAAUCUUAUAUCAGAGGGUGAUUCAGUGAAAAGUUCAACGAUACGUAAAGUCCAGAAUGAAUCAUCCACAGGUUCUUCAACGUCCAAUAGGGUGAGAACUAUGCUUAGAAUUUCAGUAGAAUCUAUUGACUUUGAUACAAAAGGAUGCAUGCUUCGCUUAAAAGGGAGAAAUAUUGAAGAAAACCAAUAUGUGAAGAUGGGUGCUUAUCAUACUCUAGAUCUCGAGUUAAACCGUAAAUUUACUUUAUGUAAAAAUGAGUGGGAUUCUGUAGCUUUGGACAGAAUAGAAAUGGCUUGUGAUCCGGCUAAGUCUGCAGAGGUAGCGGCAGUAAUCAUGCAAGAAGGAUUGGCUUAUAUUUGUUUAAUUACAUCAAGCAUGACUAUUGUAAGGGCAAAAAUUGAUGUUACUAUCCCCAGGAAAAGAAAAGGUUUUGUCCAACAACAUGAGAAGGGAUUGACCAAAUUCUAUGAUAAUCUAAUGCAAGCAAUCUUACGACACAUCGAUUUUGAAGUUAUUAAAUGUGUACUGGUUGCUUCUCCAGGAUUUGUCAGAGACCAAUUUUUUGAAUAUAUGUUUCAAAUGGCUAUUAAGACUGACAACAAAAUUUUACUAGAGAAUAAGUCUAAAUUUAUGUUGGUACACUCUUCUUCUGGUUUCAAACAUUCUCUUAAAGAAGUACUACAAGAUCCGGCAGUGAUCAACAAAAUUUCAGAUACAAAAGCUGCAGGUGAAGUUAAGGCAUUACAAAAUUUUUAUACAAUGUUACAGUGCGAAGCUUCAAAAGCUUUUUAUGGCAAAAGGCAUGUUGAAAAGGCAAAUGAAGCUCAAGCUGUGGAGACGCUCUUAAUUUCUGAUAGCCUUUUUCGAUGCCAAGAUGUUAAACUACGAAAACAAUAUGUUAAUUUGGUAGACUCUGUUAGAGAAUCUGGCGGAGAUGUCAAAAUUUUUUCUAGCAUGCACGUAUCUGGAGAGCAAUUGGAACAGUUAUCUGGUGUAGCUGCCAUCCUUCGUUUCCCAAUGCCUGAACUUGAAGAUAGUGACGAGGAGGAUGAAAAUAGUUAAUUUAUUAUUUGGUAUACAAUUUUGAACUAUGUACAUUUUUACAAAUCUCAGUAUCAGUGUAUUGAUACAUGGCUUUGUUAUUACUCUUGUUCCGUGUACAUCUUUUUAAGCAAAUAUUUUUGUUGUUAUAUUUUAUUAAGUGUAAUUACAUGUACAUUUUUGAAAUGUUUUA